CUUACGCGACCACGUGCUUCUUCCACCUGCGAAGUGUUUGUCCACUUGGUCCGCUUUCAAUCCACUUGAGAAAGUUGCGGCGUUGUGAAUUCUAGCCGCCCAUCUCUGUCCUGAUCGUCGAAGCUGGUGAAGAUGUACAAACCAGACAUAUCCCGCAAAUAUACUCCAGAGGAAAAACAACAGCUGCUUCAGAAUCUUGAUAUCGAAGUCGAACACCGUGUUCGCCAGCUUGAGGAAUGGCUUGCAGACGCGCUCAAAAACUUUCGGCUUCACCAAGAAGGACUUAUCUCCCGCAUUCCCAAACUCGUGCGCGGUGUAACCAUGGGCGAGUUUGCUGAUACCUACAAUGGCGACAUUCAAGCGUGUCUUCGUGGUCUAGUGGGUGGUGCUCCACCCAAUCUCGAGAUCGAUCGCGAGACUCGCAAGCGUAAGUGGGAGGAGGCCAGUGAAGGUGAACGCGCCGUCAAGAAUGCGAGGAUGAUGCAUGUCACUCCCAAGAGGAAGCCUCCUCCCAUGAACACGGGCACUGCACAACGCGUCCGCACGUUCUCUGCGGCAGUCCCGCGUACCCCUGGGCAACUCCGUCCAACCCUCCGUUUGCCCUCCGUCAGCCCGCAGAAACCAUCUACCCUCCGAACAUCUCCAUCUAAAUUGCGUGUUCCAUCACCUCUCAAAGUUUCGUCUUCGCCUGGGAAAUCGAUACCAUGGAAUGCCAAGCCACCAUCCCAGGCAAAGCGCCCGCCCACCAGCGCAACCUUCGCUCCGACGUUGCCUACUAAGACCCCCACUUAUCCGACCCUCCGUGCACCCCGCCGCGAUGAGAGCAUGCUUAGUCUAAAUGGGUCUCCGCUAGCCAACCCGUAUAAGCUCGGAUUGGACUGGUUUGUUACUGAAGAGGAAGAUGAGGGUAUUCAUGACAUGGAUGUGAAAGUCAAAGGCAAAGGAAAGGAGACGCAGGUAAAUAUGCAAGGGGAAGGCAAGACUCUACGACGCGUAAACAGCAUAGUCAUACGGCGUGACCCAUCCGUCUCCCUCGUCCCCUCAUCCUCCACCCAGACCACCUUCUCUCAGACCCACUCACAAGCCGACUCUCAAACUCAGAACCAUAACCGCACGCACGCACUACUCGCGCACGGCAGCUCCUCGCUCUCGUCCCUCCCUUCCUCGUCCUCUGCCCGUGCAGUCGUCGCGAUCUCAACUUCUGAUGGACACGUCCUUGAGUUCGACCCGCUUCAAACAUCACCGCGCGCACUGGACGCACUCGUGGGUAUCACUGACAGCGCAAAAAAGCAAGCACGUGAGGACAUGGGGCGCUUGGUGCAGGCUGCGGUGAGCAAGUGGAGUAUCGCAUAACAUAACUUAACCGCUGGCCGUGUGCUUUACGUGUCGUACGGGCCUGCGUUAGGCGUGCCACUCAUUUUGCGACGUCGUGAUAUAGAUUUUAUUCAUCUCGCUAACGCAAGUAUACUAUUGAACAACCGACAUUCCGUUGCAUGUUCCAAAUUAUUUAUUUAUUUCGCAUACAAAGCAUCGAUGUAAAGAUGUAACGCUACUAUAUGAACCUAUGGACACUAUUUGCGUCAAGGAAAAACGACGCUUUUUU